GCAAAUCCUUCUCCUCUUCACCUUCUCUCUGACUCUCUCUCUCUCUCUCUCUCUCUCUCUCUCCAUUGGAGAUGGCCUCCCACCUCCAAAUUUCUCUUACCAGUCCCAAACUCCCAAUCUAGAGAGAGAAAAUAAAGAGUUUUUUUAGAGAGAGAGAGAAAUGAAGGGGAGUUUGAAGAUGAUUAAUUGUCAAAGAAAGAGUGAGAAAGAAGAAUCAAAUUCAUAUCAUGUCACUCACAAGCUUCCUCCUGGUGAUAGUCCUUAUGUUAGAGCCAAACAUGUUCAGUUAGUUGAGAAGGAUCCAGAUACAGCCAUAGUUUUGUUUUGGAAGGCAAUAAAUGCUGGAGAUAGGGUAGAUAGUGCUCUUAAAGACAUGGCAGUGGUGAUGAAACAACAAGAUAGGGCAGAAGAAGCAAUUGAAGCUAUCAAUUCCUUUAGACAUUACUGCUCUAAGCAAGCUCAAGAAUCAUUGGACAAUGUCCUCAUUGACUUGUACAAGAAAUGUGGGAAAUUAGAGGAGCAAAUUGAGUUGUUGAAGCAGAAGCUUCGGAUGAUUUACCAAGGAGAAGCAUUCAAUGGGAAGCCUACCAAGACAGCUCGUUCCCACGGAAGGAAGUUCCAGGUCACCGUCAAGCAAGAGACUUGCAGGAUACUGGGCAAUUUGGGUUGGGCAUACAUGCAACAAAAAAACUUUGCGGCUGCUGAGGUCGUAUACCGUAAAGCUCAACAGAUCGAUCCUGAUGCCAACAAGGCCUGCAACUUAUGCCUGUGCCUAAUCAACCAUGCUCGAUACGUUGAGGCGCGAUCUGUUCUUGAAGACGUGUUGCAAGGUAAGAUUUUAGGAUCUGAUGACCCAAAAUCAAGAAACCGAGCAAAGGAAUUGAUGAAGGAACUAGAACCAUCUCAACAUGCAGUGUCAUCUAGUUCUAGUCCUGGAAGAUUGAGUUUUGAAGAUGCUUUUGUUGAGGGGCUUGACCAAUUGAUGAACCAAUGGACCCUAGUCAGGUCUAGAAGACUUCCUAUAUUUGAAGAAAUCACACCAUAUAGAGAUCAAUUGGCUUCUUGAUCUCUUUUACUUGUUUUUCUUUCAUUUUUAAUUUUUUAGAGUUCAGUGCUUGCAUGUUUUGUGAAAAAGUGAGCAUAACAGAGAGUGAAUUGGGUUUUAAGUAGUUUUUGUCAAAACACUAUUGAAGAAGGAACUGUAUAUGUUUUGUGUUCUUUGUGUUGGACACAACAGAGGUUAUACCACUGCUUCUAUACUCGUGAGGUGUGCCUUCCUUGGUUAUGUUUAGGGAAAUAAUUUUUUGUACCAAAAUCUUUUUAUCUUCCAUUCUAAUGCAUUUUCAGUUGUACAA